CCCUGGUCACGUGGUGCCGCCGGUCUCCCAGUGAGGUGGAGCAGGUCCGCCAUUUCCCUGCAGUUGCCCCCGUGACUGACACUCCGCUCCGGGAACCCGCGGGGCCCGAUCCGGCCGUGUGAGAGCCAGGCCCAGCCCGGAGCCGCCAUGUCCGGCCAGAGCAUCACGGACCGCAUCACGGCGGCACAGCACAGCGUCACCGGCUCCGCCGUGUCCAAGACCGUGUGCAAGGCCACCACCCACGAGAUCAUGGGCCCCAAGAAGAAACACCUGGACUACUUAAUCCAGUGCACAAAUGAGAUGAAUGUAAACAUCCCCCAACUGGCCGACACAUUGUUUGAGAGAACGACCAACAGCAGCUGGGUGGUGGUCUUCAAAUCCCUCAUCACGACCCACCAUUUGAUGGUGUAUGGCAACGAGCGCUUUAUUCAGUAUUUGGCAUCACGGAAUACGUUGUUCAAUCUGAGCAAUUUCUUGGACAAAAGCGGGCUUCAAGGUUACGAUAUGUCCACAUUUAUAAGGCGGUACAGCCGGUACCUGAAUGAAAAGGCUGUGUCCUAUAGACAGGUUGCUUUUGAUUUCACCAAAGUGAAAAGAGGAGCUGAUGGAGUUAUGAGGACAAUGAGUACAGAAAAACUACUCAAAACAAUGCCCAUUAUACAAAACCAAAUGGACGCCCUCCUUGAUUUCAAUGUUAAUGCUAACGAGCUAACAAAUGGUGUAAUUAAUGCUGCCUUCAUGCUCCUUUUCAAAGAUGCCAUAAGACUGUUUGCUGCAUACAACGAAGGAAUAAUCAACCUAUUGGAAAAAUAUUUUGACAUGAAGAAGAAUCAGUGCAAGGAAGGCCUUGAUAUUUAUAAGAAAUUUCUCACCAGAAUGACUCGUAUCUCGGAGUUUCUGAAAGUAGCAGAGCAAGUUGGUAUUGACAGAGGAGACAUCCCCGAUUUAUCUCAGGCUCCCAGUAGUCUACUCGAUGCUUUGGAACAGCAUUUAGCUUCGUUGGAGGGAAAGAAAAUCAAAGAUUCAACCGCGGCAAGCAGGGCUACGACACUCUCAAACGCAGUCUCAUCCCUCGCAAGCACCGGCCUCUCACUCACCAGAGUGGAUGAAAGGGAAAAGCAGGCAGCUUUAGAAGAGGAGCAAGCUCGAUUAAAAGCUUUAAAGGAGCAACGACUUAAAGAGCUUGGCAAAAAAACUCACCACAUCUCCACCACUGCCUCCUCUCCAGUGUCCUCCUUAGCAGGCAGUAUAAACACCACAGCUGCUAUCGAUAUGUUCUCUACCCCAGGGUCUUUAAACAGCAGUUCCAAAAUGUCUAAUGAUCUGCUGGACAUGCAGCCAACAUUCCAGCCUGCUGUACACCCGCUCACUUCUGUACCACCUGUGGCAGGUACAUGGGGAGAUCCUUUCUCUUCUGAAUCUGCCGAUGAAUCUGUUUCAAGCUUAAAUCCUUUUCUCAAUAAACUUAACGAUGGUGCCCACCUACCUGCUGUAACUUCUGAUACAACCAGUUUUACUGCUAAGACCCCCAACAGUGACAUAUUUAAUGAUUCUUUCUGUGGUCCUCGAGUCUAUCCUAACGCUUCCCAUUUUCGUUCUGAGUCCUCUUCAGUAGCUGGCCUAUAUGGAGGAUUCACACCAUCUGUAGCUGUUCAACCACAGACCUCCGGCGGCCUUAAUGUUGACUUUGAUUCUGUUUUUGGCAACAAAUCUCCUACUAAUGUCAAUUUAGACUCUACGGGUUUUGAAGAUUUGGGCGGGCUCCUGAAACCAACGGUAACGUCUCAGAAUCAGAGUCUUCCCUCUGCCAAGCACCUGCCAAACAAACUGGUCUCAGACGAUCUGGAUUCAUCCUUAGCCAACCUUGUGGGCAAUUUGGGAAUUGGGAAUGGAACAACAAAAAAUGACGUGCAUUGGAGUCAACCAGGAGAGAAGAAAUUAACAGGGGGCAGCAACUGGCAACCAAAAGUGGCUCCCACCACAACCUGGAACCCAGCCACUCUGAAUGGCAUGCAAUUUCCACAAUACGCACCUCCAAUAAUGGCCUAUCCAGCAACAACACCCACAGGAAUCGUAGGCUACGGCAUGCCACCUCAAAUGGGACCUGUACCGGUUAUACAACAGCCAACGUUAUUAUACAACCAGUCCUCCAUGAGAUCACCUAAUCCAUUUAGCCCUGUAUCAGGAGCACAGUUGUCUGCAGCAUCCAGUCCUUCCAGUCAGAGUCCUCCCAGAGCACCCAGCAAGGAGCCUUACCGACAGCUCUCUGUACAAGAUUUCUUGUAGGACAAUUUAGAUGCAGUUCAUGUAAUACAGUUGGAUGGGAGCGCCCUUAGAAAAGGCCAUGCUGAAUACCAGUACCUAUUUCUAGUCCAAUCAAGCUGCUGUUAAAGCGCUCCUCUUCAACACGAAUGGUACAACACCAACCGAUGGGGACCCGAAGGGAUGCUCCCGCUACUAGCACAAAGGGACAUACGUACUUCAGUCUCUUCCGUCAUUUAGCGUGGUGUUAACAGUCAUGUUGUGGGCAACUCUAGGUUCCAGAACACUAUAUACCAGGUGAGGUGAAGAGGGCUUCGAUGUUCAUAGCCCAACUUUGGUAACUCGGAGGCUCCCAUAGGAAAUACUAGGGAAAAAACCUGAAAUAUCCAUUUCAAUAAACGUGCAGCCAUUUCUAUUAAUUUCUUACACAUAUAAACUGUAAUUGAGGUUAAAACUUUUUAUUUUUCUUCCUUUUAAAUAU